AUGGAGCGAGUUGAGCAGGAACUCCAUCUGCGACAUGUCGGACAUGUUCACGGCGGGCAAGGGACAAUCGCAGGUAAUGCUGAGGUCCCGAGCUCGGGUGUGCAUCCCACAGCGCGAGAUCAGGAAGCUGGACUUGCAACCGAAGCGUACGAGGAGAAGCCGAGGCAGAGCUACCUGACGAAUUCGUCGAAGGAAGGGGAGGAUGCUGCUUCGACGAGGAGACCGUCGUGGGAACAGAGUGAGAAGCAUCAUCAUGGUGCCAAUGGCGUUAAUGUCGAGGGUGCGCAUAGGGAGUGGUCGCAUUUGCAGAGGGAGUUGAGCCACAUAUCGCGACAGCAAUCGCGGACGAGCAGCAAGAGUGGGAAGCAGAUCAAUGAACUCGUGCGAGAUCUCGAGAAGGCUACGUCCAGCCCUGGGACGAGCGAGGAUGAGGGUGCUUUUGAUCUGCAAGAGUAUUUGCGGUCGAGUAAGCAGCUGGAAGAGGAGUUUGGCAUCAAGAGCAAGAAGAUUGGAGUGAUAUGGGAGAACCUCACGGUAAAGGGAAUGGGAGGAGCGAAGAUUUUCGUCAAGACUUUCCCGGAUGCGUUCACAGACUUCUUUGGCUUUCCGGUCAAGUUCACGAUGGGCUUGUUUGGGUUUGGCAAGAAGGGGAGAGAGGUCAAUAUCUUGCAGGACUUCAAGGGUGUUGUGAAGCCGGGUGAGAUGGUGCUUGUGCUGGGACGACCGGGCAGUGGAUGUACUACAUUCUUGAAAGUCAUUGCCAACCAGCGAUUCGGAUACACCAACCUCGAUGGCAAGGUUCUCUAUGGGCCUUUCACGAACGAGGAGUUCGAGAAGCGGUAUCGCGGAGAGGCAGUCUACUGCAUGGAGGACGAUGUGCACCACCCUACAUUGACUGUUGGGCAAACUUUGGGCUUUGCACUCGAGACCAAGGUCCCUGGCAAGCGGCCUGGCGGACUCACCACCAACCAGUUCAAGGACAAGGUCAUUGACAUGCUCCUCCGCAUGUUCAACAUCGAGCACACGAAGAACACGAUCGUGGGCAACCCCUUCGUGCGUGGUAUCUCCGGUGGUGAGAGGAAGCGCGUCUCAAUCGCUGAGAUGAUGAUCACCGGUGCUGCGGUGUGCUCACACGACAACAGUACCCGCGGACUCGAUGCGUCCACUGCUCUCGACUAUGCAAAGUCCCUGCGAGUCAUGACCAACAUCUACAACACCACUACCUUCGUCUCACUGUACCAGGCGUCCGAGAACAUCUACUCGCAGUUCGACAAAGUCCUCGUCAUUGAUGAGGGCCGACAGGUCUUCUUCGGCCCUGCCCAGGAAGCGCGCGCAUACUUCGAAGGCCUUGGUUUCCGCGAGAAGCCUCGACAGACUACACCAGAUUACCUCACCGGCUGCACCGACCCAUUCGAACGCGAGUACAAGGAUGGCCGCGACGCAUCCAACGCCCCAUCUUCCCCCGACGAUCUCGUCGAUGCCUUCAACAAGUCCAAGUACUCCACCCUUCUAGAAAGCGAAAUUGGCGAAUACCGCAAAAUCAUCGACGAAGAACAGCACGUCUUCGAGGACUUCAAGACCGCCGUCUCCCAAGGUAAACGCCACGCUCCGAAGAAAUCCGUCUACUCCAUUCCCUUCCAUCUGCAGAUGUGGGCUCUGAUGAAGCGUCAGUUUAUCCUCAAGUGGCAAGAUCGCUUCUCGUUGGUCGUCUCCUGGAUUACCUCUAUCGUCAUCGCCAUUGUUAUCGGUACCGUCUGGCUGCAACAGCCCAAGACCAGCGCUGGAGCUUUCACCCGUGGAGGUGUCCUCUUCAUCGCAUUGCUGUUCAACUGUUUCCAGGCGUUUGGUGAGCUGGGCACUGUCAUGAUGGGGAGGACGAUCGUCAACAAGCAUCGGGCGUACACUUUCCAUCGGCCGUCGGCGUUGUGGAUUGCGCAGAUCUUGGUUGAUUUGGCUUUCUCGGCGGUGCAGAUUCUGGUCUUCUCGAUUAUGGUCUACUUCAUGUGCGGUCUCGUAUACGAUGCUGGGGCGUUCUUCACGUUCUAUCUGGUCAUCAUUUCGGGAUACUUGGCGAUCACACUGUUCUUCCGGACUGUGGGUUGUCUGUGCCCGGACUUUGACUCUGCCAUCAAAUUCGCUGCGACCAUCAUCACGCUGUUUGUGCUGACGUCUGGGUACUUGAUCCAGUAUCAGUCGCAGCAGGUGUGGCUUCGCUGGAUCUUCUACAUCAACGCUCUCGGUCUUGGAUUCUCGGCUAUGAUGGUCAACGAGUUCAGCAGACUUGAUCUUGAAUGCGAUGGUACAUAUCUUGUUCCGUCCGGUCCAGGCUACGGUGAUAUUGCUCACCAGUCUUGUACCCUCGCAGGCAGCACUCCAGGCCAAUCAUUCGUCUCUGGAACCGACUACGUUGAAACAGCAUUCUCGUACAGACCUGAUGAGCUUUGGCGGAAUUGGGGCAUCAUCAUUGUACUCGUCACUGCAUUCUUGGCCGCUAACAUGUUCCUGGGAGAGUACAUUAAAUGGGGUGCUGGCGGGAAGACUCUCACCUUCUUCGCAAAGGAGGACAAGGCCCGCAAGGAGCUUAACGAUGCGCUCAAAGCAAAGAAGGCAGCACGUCGCGAGAAGGGUGAAGCCAGCGAAGGCUCCGACCUCAAGAUCGAGUCGAAGGCUGUCUUGACCUGGGAAGAGCUGUGCUACGAUGUGCCGGUCCCAUCAGGACAACUGCGACUGUUGAAGAAUGUCUUUGGCUACGUCAAGCCUGGACAAUUAACUGCACUUAUGGGCGCGUCCGGCGCUGGUAAGACUACGCUGCUGGAUGUGCUUGCUUCUCGCAAGAAUAUUGGUGUGAUCACUGGUGACAAACUUAUCGAUGGCAAGCCACCUGGCACUGCGUUCCAGCGUGGUACGAGUUACGCCGAGCAACUGGAUGUUCACGAGGGGACACAGACAGUGCGUGAGGCUCUGCGCUUUUCUGCCGACUUGAGACAGCCGUACGAGACGCCACAGUCGGAGAAGUACGCAUAUGUCGAGGAGAUUAUCGCGCUUCUGGAGAUGGAAGACAUUGCGGAUGCCGUUGUUGGAGAUACAGACGCAGGUCUUGCCGUCGAACAGAGGAAGCGAGUCACCAUCGGUGUCGAGCUGGCUGCUAAGCCGGAACUGCUGCUCUUCUUGGACGAACCAACCUCCGGACUCGACUCGCAGAGUGCUUUCAACAUCGUCCGUUUCUUGCGAAAGCUCGCCGGAGCAGGCCAGGCAAUUCUCUGCACGAUUCACCAGCCGAACGCAUCGCUCUUCGAAAACUUCGACCGACUGCUUCUGCUGCAGCGUGGCGGCGAGACUGUCUACUUCGGCGACAUCGGAAAGGACGCAUGCGUUCUGAUCGACUACUUCCGGAAGUACGGCGCACACUGUCCACCAGACGCCAACCCAGCCGAGUGGAUGCUGGAUGCCAUCGGUGCCGGUCAAGCUGCACGAAUCGGCGACAAAGAUUGGGGUGAGAUCUGGCGUGACUCUGAGGAGCUCGCAGCCACCAAGGACGAAAUCGUACGCAUCAAGACUGAACGUAUUGAAGAGGUUGGUUCUCAGCCUGCUGUUGAGCAGAAGGAAUUCGCGACGCCGCUCUGGCAUCAGAUCAAGACUGUUCAGCUCCGCACGCACAAGUCCUUCUGGCGCUCGCCGAACUAUGGGUUCACUAGGCUGUUCAACCAUGUCAUCAUCGCGCUGUUGACGGGUCUCAUGUUCUUGAGCCUUGACGAGUCGCGGACGUCGCUGCAGUACCGUGUCUUCAUCAUUUUCCAGGUCACGGUCCUGCCGGCACUUAUCCUGGCCCAGGUCGAGCCGAAGUAUGAUCUCUCGAGACUGAUCUACUACCGCGAAGCCGCAUCGAAGACUUACAAGCAGUUCCCGUUCGCCGCGUCAAUGGUCCUGGCAGAAAUGCCAUACAGUAUCAUCUGCGCUGUUGGCUUCUUCCUCCCGCUCUACUACAUCCCAGGCUUCAGCCACGUGUCGAACAGAGCUGGAUACAACUUCCUGAUGGUCUUAAUCACCGAGCUCUUUUCCGUCACGCUCGGCCAGAUGGUUUCCGCGCUGACACCGAGCACUUUCAUCGCGGUUCUGCUGAACCCGUUCUUGAUCGUCAUCUUCGCCCUCUUCUGUGGUGUCACGGUACCCAAGCCGCAAAUUCCAGGUUUCUGGCGCGCAUGGCUGUACCAGCUGGAUCCCUUCACCCGCCUCAUCGCCGGCCUGGUGUCCAACGAACUCCACGAAAAACCCGUGAUCUGCACCGACAUCGAGUUCAACCGCUUCACCGCCCCAGCCGGCCAGACUUGCGGAGAGUACAUGUCCGCCUUCUUCGCGGCGGGCGGACCGGGCUACAUUGCCAACAACCAGACUUCGGAUUGCUCGUACUGUGCGUACAGCGUGGGCGAUCAGUUCUAUGAGCCGCUUGGCAUUUCGUGGAGUCAUAGGUGGAGGGAUCUUGGCAUUUUGACCGCGUUUAUUGGGAGUAAUUUGAUUUUGCUGUUUAUUGGGAGUCGGUACUUGAAUUUUAAUAGACGGUAG